GGCAAAAGGAUUGGCUAUGAGUUCUCACAUCGUGUCUAACCCCUGUCUCGACACAACCCGUGCGAUUCAGCCCGUAGUAAACCCCAUAUGCAUCCCCAUUGGGAUGUCGGACCUUCGUUCGGUAGAACUAUACCCGAAGGCGCGACACGCUUAACGACGUGUUGCAACGUCUCUAGAGUUUGCAAUUCCCCUUCUGACUCUUUCGCCCUCCAUCCAGGAUCCUAGAAGCACUAGGCACCCAUCAGCGUCACUCUGGAAACCCAACAAUGGCCUGUCUAAAAUUCCUGCAAAACGUCUGGCAAAAGACCUUGACUAAAGGGGGCCAUGAUUUCAAUGUCCUCUCAUCUCUUCGUGUAGUUGAAGCCCGUCCAGGAUAUCUGAAGGGCAUUCUGCGCAUUGAGCCCAAGCAUCUCAACAACCACAAUACUAUCCACGGCGGUGCCAUCCUCACACUUACAGACACCAUAACAUCGCUUUCUCUAUCUACCCACGGCCUUUCUGCUCCCACAGGCGUCUCCGUCGACCUCAACACGUCCUUCGUCCGUCCGGGCGGCACAGUUGGCGACGACCUCAUCUGCAUCGGUAUCGUCGAGCAGCUUGGGCGGACUUUGGCGUACACGCGAUGUGAAUUUAGAACGCCUCCGGGGGGCGAAAAGGGCGACAGGUUGGUCGCUUAUGGCGCGCAAACCAAGUUUAUGGGAGGAGCAAAGGCGGUUACCAAGUUUAGUAAAGACGGGGAGACGGAGCUGGGUUUAGAAGAGCAGGCAAAGCUCUAAAAGUAGAGGCUGCAGAAAGAAGUUCUUUAUAUGUAUAGAAUCGGUAGAAGUCUAUUGUGCAUCUUGG